UUGGUAUUUUUCCCCAUGCAAAGGGGCUUCAUGUCCAAGGCCUCUGCCUCCUCCCCUUCCUCUGAUAAAUUUGUCUUUUGAAUCCCCACUUUAUACACACUCAAGAGCUUUAAUUAGCUUUUUCUUUUCGAAAAGAAGAGAAAGAAAGAAAGAAAGAAAGAAAGAAAGAGAGUAACAUCCCAAGACCCACCACCAUUUCAAUGCCACUCAUCUCCCCUCUCUCUCCCUCCUCUCCUCUCCAUACUUAUCCCCACUUCUCCUCUUCUCCCCCACAACCCAUCAUCAUCAUCCAUGGCUCCUCCUCCUCCUAAUGUGGUGGCUACAUUCCUGAUGUGGCUCUUCAUCUUCUUACUCAGUUCAUUUCUCUCUUGUUCUCACUCCACUAAUCCUCCUCAACUCUCUCUAAGAAAACAAGCUUCUAUAUUAGUCUCCGUGAAGCAAUCCUUGUACAGUUCUAGCUCUAUCCUACAAACCUGGAACGUAUCAAACCACGCGUCCCUCUGCUCCUCGUGGUUCGGCGUCCGGUGCGACGACGACGGAAAGUUCGUGAUCGGGCUCGACAUCGCCAACUCGAACAUCUCCGGGUCGCUCUCCGCAUCGGUUUCCGAGCUCAAGACGCUCACCUCCCUCUCCGUCGCGGGGAACGGCCUCUCCGGUGAGCUCCCGCGGGCCGUCGGCGCGCUCCGCCGCCUCCGCCAUCUCAACAUAUCCAACAACCAGUUCAACGGUUCGAUGAACGAGUGGAACUUGACCGGCCUUUCGGCAAUCGAAGUGUUCGACGCGUACAACAACGACUUCUCAGGUCCGCUGCCUGUCGGCUUCGCCGACGUUCCCAGCCUCCGUCAUCUCGACCUCGGCGGCAACUACUUCUCCGGCGCGAUUCCUGCAGAAUUCGGAAACUUCAAAACUUUGCAGUAUCUCUCGCUGGCCGGGAAUGAUUUAAGCGGGCGAAUACCGGCGGAGAUCGGCAACGUCACGACGUUAGAGCAAUUGUACUUGGGCUACUACAACAAGUUCUCCGGCGGGGUCCCGAAAGAGAUUGGAAAAUUGAUCAAUCUGGUUCAUCUUGAUCUCUCGAGCUGCGGAAUGGACGGCGAGAUUCCGCGGGAAUUGGGCAACCUGAAGAAGUUGGACACUCUCUAUCUACAGACGAACCAGCUCUCCGGUGCAAUCCCGCGUAGCCUCGGCAAUCUCAGCAGCCUGCAGUUCCUCGACAUGUCGAACAACGCCCUCUCCGGCGAGAUCCCGCGAGAGCUCUCGCAGCUCCGCGAACUCGUCCUGCUGCACAUGUUCAUAAAUCAGCUUCGCGGCGAGAUCCCCGAAUUCGUCGCCGAGCUGCCGAAUUUGCAAGUGCUGAAGCUGUGGCAGAACAACUUCACCAGCGAAAUCCCGCCAGCGCUCGGCGGAAACGGGAAGCUCCGCGAGGUCGACCUCUCGACGAAUAAGCUCACCGGAUAUAUACCGAAAACAAUUUGUCAGGGGAGGAGGCUUGAGAAACUCAUUCUCCUCAAUAACUUCCUAUUCGGCCCGCUGCCGGAGGACCUCGGCGAUUGCCCGACGCUUUCCCGGGUUCGGCUCGGGCAGAACUACCUGACCGGGCCGAUCCCCCGCGGGUUUCUGUACCUGCCGGAAAUGUGUUUGCUGGAACUGCAGAACAACUACCUUACCGGAAGCAUAGAGAACGAGCCCGCGAAAAGGCCUUCGAAGCUCGCGCAGCUUAACCUCUCCAACAACCGGCUGUCGGGCCCGCUCCCGCCCUCCGUCGGAAACUUCUCGGCCCUGCAGAUUCUUCUCCUUUCAGGGAACCAGUUUACGGGAAAAAUCCCCUCCCAACUGGGCCGUCUCAAGAGCUUGCUGAAAAUAGACAUGAGCAGGAACAACUUCUCCGGCGUGAUCCCGCAAGAAAUCGGCGAUUGCUCGUUGCUCACGUAUCUCGAUUUGAGCAGAAAUCAGCUCGGCGGGCUCGUCCCGCCGCGAGUAUCUCAUAUUCGGGUACUGAAUUAUCUGAACAUUUCAUGGAAUAAUUUGAAUGGAAGCAUCCCCAAGGAGGUUGGAAGCAUGAGGAGCUUAACUUGCGCCGAUUUCUCGCAUAACGACUUCUCCGGCAGGGUGCCGCAGAACGGGCAAUUCACCUUCUUCAACUCGUCGUCCUUUUUAGCUAAUCCUCUGCUUUGCGGGUUCGCGUCAAAUCCGUGCAACUUCAGCUCCACCGAUUCUCCGUCCCGAUCGGACGAACACCGCCGUGUGAAGUCGCAAGUUCCCGCCAAAUUCAAGCUACUCUUCGCCCUAGGGCUCUUACUAUGCUCCAUGAUCUUCGCCGCCACGGUGGUGGUCAAGACACGAUUGAUGAUGCGGCGAAACUCCAAGUCGUGGAAGAUAACGGCGUUCCAGAAGAUCGAAUUCAGGUGCGAGGACAUACUGAGCUGUCUCAGAGAGGACCAGGUGAUCGGGAGAGGCGGGGCCGGAAUCGUCUACAGAGGGAUUCUGCCGAACGGCGACCAAGUGGCCGUAAAGCGGCUUCUGGGAAUCGGGAAGGGGUCGUCGCACGACAACGGCUUCUCCGCGGAAAUCCAAACGCUCGGCAGGAUCCGGCACCGGAACAUCGUGCGGUUGCUCGCGAUGUGCUCGAACAAGGAGACGAAUCUGCUUGUGUACGAGUACAUGAUGAACGGGAGCUUAGGGGAGGUUCUGCAUGGAAAGAGAGGGGGGUAUUUGAACUGGGGAAUAAGGCUUAGGAUUGCAACUGAGGCCGCGAAGGGGCUAAGUUAUCUGCACCAUGAUUGUAGUCCUCCUAUUCUUCAUAGAGAUGUGAAGUCCAAUAACAUAUUGUUGGAUGCCGACUUUGAGGCACACGUUGCCGACUUUGGGCUGGCCAAGUAUUUGAGGGACACCGGCGCAUCGGAGUGCAUGUCGGCAAUCGCCGGAUCCUACGGCUACAUUGCUCCAGAGUAUGCGUACACUCUCAAGGUCGACGAGAAGAGCGAUGUUUACAGUUUUGGCGUGGUUCUUCUGGAGCUGAUCACAGGUCGGAGACCAGUAGGGGAUUUUGGAGAAGAAGGGUUAGAUAUCGUGCAAUGGGCUAAGACGAACACAAACUGGAGUAAGGAAGGGGUGGUGAAUAUAUUGGAUCCGAGACUGAUCAAUGUGCCACUUGAAGAAGCUAUGCAGGUCUUCUUUGUCGGUAUGCUGUGUGUCCAAGAACACAGUGUUGAACGGCCUGCCAUGCGGGAGGUCGUCCAAAUGCUUGAGCAGGCAAAGCAGCCAUAUGGGGUUCGCGCUCGAUGACUUGGUUUCGUGCUAGCCAAUGACAUAAAUUUUAAAAAUGACACCUUAUAGAACUUUGUAUAAAACGAGGUAGAAUAUUUAUCCGUCCUCUCCUUUCAAUCUAAGCCAUCAAAUCAACUUUAUAUUCGAUCGAUAAACACAUGAAACCAACUUGAUCUUUAAUUCGAUUGCUCGGAUUAGAAGGAGAGGGAGAGGAUGCAUGAAUGAGAUCCAAUCCAACCUCUUCUUAUACAAUCUUUUAUAAGGUGUCACGUUAUUAAUUAAAAUUUUGUUUUAUGUUCUGUUUAGCAGUAAUUUGUUCUAAAAAUGUAAAGUAGGCUUAGGUUUGGGUGUGUGUUGAGAGUGUGUUGGAGUUUGCAGGGAGGGUAUCUUGGUCUAAACAUGUAAAGGUGGUUCAAUUAGAUGGGUUAAAGUGUGCAUGGGGAGGGUCCUUCAUGUGUGUACUAAGCUUUGUAGGGUUCCUUAAAAUUGUGUAUCUUUAGGUUUUGAGAAAAUGCUCCUUUCUGACAAGGUCCUCUUGUUUAAA